AUGGAAGAGCUCUUCAAGCAAGCGGUCGCCCGCAACGAGGCGGCCAGAAAGACGUCGGUCCCGUGGCAGCCGGACGUGCCGUACCCGCAGGCAUACUACGCUUACAACGCGGCCGCAGGCCAGUGGGAAGCGCAACAGCCCUCGUCGCAUACAUCAUCAUCAUCAGCACCAUCAGCACCACCAUCUGAUCUUCAAGGUGGAGGACAAACGGGGACAUCGUCGUCGCCAUCGUCGUCACCGGCGGGACACAUCUCCAAGAUCGCCCUGUAUGCGUGGAACGUAGACUUUAUGCUGCCCUUUGCCGAGGCGCGGAUGACGGCGGCGCUGGGCCAUCUCGAGACUCUCAUCUCUCCGACACUAUCGGCGGCGGCGGCGGCGGCAGCGGCGCAGACCCCCACAGGAGGAGGAAGAGGCGUCGUCAUCUUCCUCCAGGAGUGCACCGAGCCGGACCUGCUCACCAUCGCGGGCAACCCCUGGGUGCGGGACAACUUUGUCGUGACCGACCUGGACAACGCGAACUGGGCGUCUGGCUACUACGGGACCACGACGCUCGUGGACAGGAAGCUGGCUGCCGCCGCCGGACUGGCAGCCUGCUUCCGGGUGCACUACUCCAAGACUCGCAUGGAGCGCGACGUCUUGUUCGUGGACAUAGACAUCACGGCAAAGAUCCUCCGCGUCGGCAACACGCACCUCGAGUCCAUGGCCCUGGAACCCGCCUAUCGUCCGCCCCAAGUCGAGCUUGCAGCGCGGUAUAUGAAGGGCGGCGACGGGGCGGCCGGCACCGAGGCCGACAAGACAGUCCACGCGGCGUUGUUAGCUGGCGAUUUCAACGCUGUCCAGGAGUUCGACAGGACGCUGCACGCCGACAACGGCCUGAAGGACGCGUAUAUCGAGCUCGGCGGGAAAGAGGACACCCAAGACGGGUAUACGUGGGGACAACAGGCUGCGACGGUGCUGCGGGAACGGUACGGCUGCUCGCGCAUGGACAAGGUGUACUUCCAUGGCAAUGGCCUGCAGCUGAACAAGUUUGAGAGAUUCGGCGCGGACGUGGAGCUACAAGAUGAAGAGCAGAGAAGGGAACUGGUUGAUCUUGGAUUCGAUAAGCCCUGGAUCACUGAUCAUCUUGGUGUUGUGGCUGAGUUUGACAUCGUUGAUUAG